AUGGCUGUCAAACGUAUGCUCUUUAUACUAUGUUCCCUGCAUGUGGAAUGUACAGUGAGUCAGUCUGUUUCGGUCACUGUUGCUACGGACAAGGCAAUAGCAACAAUAGAUGACCAUUUUGUUGGAGUGACCUUUGAGUCAACAAUGCUGCCAAUAUCAGCUAAUUGGUAUGGACUUGAUUUCGGCUCGCCCAAGGUGCAGACGUUGGCAAAAGCAUUGUCUCCGUGCUACCUGAGGAUAGGCGGAACACCUGGAGACUUCAUGACCUUUGACCCAACAGGUCAUGGUGGUACAAGUCCUAACGCUACUUACACUGGAUGGGACCUGGUGUUUGGCCUCAAUGUCCUGAAGCGGAAGGACGGACAACGGGACCCUACAAACGCCCAAGAACUGAUGAAGUAUAGCCAUGACAGGAACUACAAGAUACCCGAAUUUGAACUCGGAAAUGAACCAUCAUCUUUCCCUAAACCCUUCACCGACACUAUAUCUGGAGCACAGCUUGGACGAGACUGUCUCCCGGAAUAUCUGGUUAUGGACGGUCUGAUAACUGACAUCAACAUAGCGCGUAACGUCACCAACCUCUCCAACCCCGACACGCCCCUGUGGCUCGGGGAGACAUCGUCCUUCUAUGGAGGUGGAACUCCUGGUGUGUCAGACAGAUAUGUAGCAGGCUUUCUAUGGUUAGACAAGCUCGGGAUUGCUGCACGUAUGGGACUUAAAGGAGUGUUAAGACAAUCGUACUUUGGGAAAAACUAUUCUCUCAUCGAGAUGAACACGUUUGAACCUUAUCCGGACUACUGGCUGACGUUGCUCUACAAGAGACUGGUCGGGUUCAAGGUCUUAUCUGUGCAGACCAACUCAACCAACAGUUUCAGAGUCUACGCCCACUGUGCAAAACAGGAAAAUCUCUACAGAUAUAAACCAGGCAGCGUUGUAGCUUAUAUCGUCAACGUCAACAACUUCACCACCGCCGUCACCUUCCCUCAGUUCAAAACUAAUAUGGAUGUCUUCUGGCUUCAACCAGCGUUUCCAGAUCUUACUUCUAGGAAUGUGACUCUUAAUGGUAAACGACUGGAUUAUGUGAACGACACCAUCCCCGAAAUGCCCCCUGAGCGAGCGUAUGGUGGGAGCCUCCAGCUACCAGCCACAACCUUCGGAUUCGUUGUGUUCCCUGAUGCUGGUGUGGGCAUCUGCAAGUGA